CCUGCCGGGACUGUGGGAGUUUCCGGUCUUGGCUCUGGCGGGAGUGUUUUGAAGCUUUGGUGCUGGGCGAAAGCAUGUCUCAGGAACGCGCUGUCCCGGCGAGCGCGAUUCCACUGGAAGAAAUAAGUAGCUGGCCGGAGGAACUAUGCCGCCGGGAAUUGCCGUCUGUCCUGCCUCGGCUCCUUUCUAUGUAUCAGCAUUCUGACAGUUGGAUCGAGCAUACUCAAAUUCUGAAAAUUAUUGUGGAAAUGUUUUUACCUCAUAUGAACCACCUGACAUUGGAACAGACUUUCUUUUCACAAGUGCUGCCAAAGACCGUGAGAUUAUUUGAUGACAUGAUGUAUGAGAUAACCAGUCAAGCCAGAGAACUGUCAAGCCAAAAUUUAGAAAUCCAGAGCACUCUAAGAAAUAUUUUACAAACAAUGGUACAGCUAUUAGGAGCUCUUACUGGAUGUGUUCAGCAUGUCUGUGCCACUCAGGAAUCCGUCAUUCUGGAAAACAUUCAUAGUCUUCCCUCCUCAGUCCUACAUGUAAUCAAAAGUACAUUUGUCCAUUGUAAGAAUAGUGAAUCUGUCUAUUCUGGGCGUCUACACCUAGUCGCAGACCUUCUGCAGGCUCUUUUUAAGGAAGCCUAUUCUCUUCAGAAGCAGCUCAUGGAACUGCUGGAUAUGGUGUGCAUGAACCCUUUAAUAGAUGAGCAAGUUGAUAUCUUGAAUAUGGUAGUAGUUAUUCAUUCAUUGUUGGAUAUCUGCUCUGUUAUUUCCAGUAUGGACCAUGCAUUUCAUGCCAAUACUUGGAAAUUUAUAAUUAAGCAGAGCCUUAAGCACCAGUCAGUUAUAAAGAGUCACCUGAAACACAAAGAUAUAAUUGCUAGCUUGUGUGAAGACAUUCGUUGCUCCUUCCAUUCUUGUUUACAGUUAGCUGAGCAGAUGAUACAGUCAGAUGCACAGGAUAAUACAGACUACAGAUUAUUUCAGAAAACACUCAAAUUAUGUCGUUUCUUUGCCAACUCCCUUUUGCACUAUACUAAGGAAUUUCUUCCUUUCCUCUCUGAUUCUUGCUGUACAUUGCACCAGCUUUAUCUUCAGAUAUACAGUAAGUUUCCUCCAAGCCUGUAUGCUGCUGGGAUUUCUAAAGCACAGCAGGAGGAAAUAGCUGGUACUUUCCUAGUUACACUGAGUCCACUCAUCAGUCAGCUUCUCACAUUCCAGCCUUUCAUGGAUGUGGUUUUGGACAGUAAAUUAGAGCUGCCGUGUGAACUACAGUUUCCCCAGUGUCUACUGCUGGUUGUCAUUAUGGAUGAGCUGUCCUCUCGGUCUGAGGAUGUGCAGGCCCUGUGGUGCACAGAGAGCCAAGUCUCAGAAGCUGCAGCCAGGGUGUCUCUCCUCAAAGCCAUUUUCUCCAGUUUUGAGCAGUGUUCUGGUGAACUCUCUCUACCUGUUCAUUUACAGGGAGUAAAGAGUAAGGGGCAAGCCGAGGUGGCAGUCACCUUGUAUCAGCAUGUUUGUGUUCAUCUGUGCACAUUUAUUGCUUCUCUUCAUCCCUCACUGUUCCCUGAACUGGACACUGCUCUGUUGAAUGCUGUUCUUAGUGCUAAUAUGAUCACCUCUUUGCUGGCCAUGGACGCAUGGUGCUUCCUUGCUCGAUAUGGGACUGCUGAACUCUGUGCUCAUCAUGUGACCAUAAUGGCCCAUCUGAUAAAAUCUUGCCCUGGAGAAUGUUAUCAGCUCACCAACCUAUCAAUACUAUUGAGGCGUCUCUUCUUCUUCAUGGCCCCACCCCAACAGGUGGAGUUUAUCCAGAGAUUUCCCCCAAAAGAAACAGAAAAUCUGCUUCUGUGGCAGUAUAUUUCCUUUCAGGCAUUACCUGCUGAGCUUAGGAAACAAACUGCACUUGAGGUCAGCAGAGCGGGUAUUGCAUGGUGUAGGAAAUGGCUAGGCAGUAACCGCACGCUGGAAGAACUUGAGUCUCUGAACCCAGUGCUCUCUGCUCUGCUUGCUGUAUGUAAUUCUUCUGGUGAAGCUCUGGAUAUGGGGCAGCAAACUGCAGUUAAGGAAGUUGGAAGUCAGCUUUCAGUUCUUUUAAAUGUUAAACUGGUAAUAGGUCAACCUUAUGUUCAACAGACACUCAGCCUUUUACUUCCACUGCUGGGAUUUUUCAUUCAAGCUCUAGAUCCUCAGCUGAUAAGUCAGGUCAUAACUUUGCAGACCUCACUGCUUAAAUUAGAGCCUCCUGACCAUGUUCGACUGGCAUUUCUGGAUUUUCUCUCUUCUCUGGGAAAACUUUUUAUACCUCAGACUAUCCAGGACAGAAUUCUGCCCAGCCUGUCUUCUGUUUUUGCCUCACUGCUAGCUGACAGGAAUUGGCUACUAGAACAACAUUCCUUGGAGGCAUUUACUCAGUUUGCUGAGGGAACAACUCACGAAGAGAUAGUUCCACAAUGUCUUAGUUCUGAAGAAACAAAGAAAAAAGUUGUAUCCUUUUUGGAGAAGACAGGGUUUGUAGAUGAAACUACAGCUGCGAGAGUGGAACGUAUCAAACAGGAAAAAGGUACUUUCUGGGAGCCUUUUGCUAAAGUUACUCAAGAAGAAACAAAGAUGUCAUCUUUACAGCCUUGUGUGAAAAGAGCCCGUCACGACCUCCCCUCGGAAGAUGAGUACAGGUCAACACUGCAAGCAGCAACAGCAGCCUUGGAGGCGAUCGAAUUAUUACUCCAGAAGUCUCCUCCUCCAGACUGGCUCCUGAUGGAAAUGGAGACACUUCAGGAAAGGAUUGAUAAGCUAAAACGUCAGGUACUCUAAAGUGAAGAGUUAGUGGACUUGACCACUUUGUCAACUAGAAUUGCUCUGGAAGGAAGCAGUAAGUUCCACCUUUCCACAGCCACUUGCUCUUCACAGAAACUGGCCUCCGUCAGACGCACAGGCUCUUCCUCUGAGAAGGGCUGUGAACCUCUGCACUGCCCAGGGCUCUCCGCCA